AUGUCGAUUGAUCUAAGUAAUCUACCUGAUGAUGUUUUAUCUUACACUAAUGAUCGUCUAUAUACAUUUGUCGAAGAAAGUCUUGGUCACGAUGAAAUGAUGGUGAUUAAGAUACAAUCGAUUAAUAAUGUUAGAGCAUUAAUAAAUGUUCCAGAUAUCAUGGCAUUUUUCAAUUUUAAUUCCAAAGAAAUCAAUGCAUUAAAAGAACGCGUUUGUUUUGUUGAUGAAGAUAAAAAGCUUUUUUUGGUCGAAGCUGGAAUUAAAGCAAAUAUUGCAAAUUUAGUAUUAUUACUCAAAGAGAAGGCGAACAAAGAAACAAAACGAGCAAAAAAUCGUAAACCAUCAUCAACAUCGUUACAAACGUCGACCCAAGCAAAUAAUAAUCAGUCUAUUCUGUCCACGUCAAAUCUUUCUGAUGUAACUAUUAUUAAUUCACAAUUAACACCAGUGAUUUCAACAACACCUGAACUUAAUUCACCAAAUUAUUACAUCCAUAAGAUUUGUGAAAAUAUUGACAAUUAUUGUGUAAAUACAUUCAAUAAUAUCACUCUAACAAACGAUGUUGAUUACAAAAUUUUUAUGAAUGUGUUGAAUCCAAGUAUUGAUGGAACUAUUACGUGUGGAUGUAAGACAAAUAUUAAACUUAUUUUUCGUUCAAAGUCGAAUGCAUUUCAGCUUUCUGCUUAUUUCAAGCAUAUAAAAAAAAGCCGUUGUAUUAUGAUGAAGAAGAAAAGACAAGGAUUGAACAACGUUUCCAACGUUAACAAAAGCUUACUGGACGUCGCCUCACAAGAGAACAACACUUCCACCGCGAGCAAUAUUCAAAAUGUUCCUGAUGAAGAAAUCGUGGACGAUGGAGACGAAAGUUCUCAAAUGGUGAUUAAUGAUUCAAUAACAACGGUUUCAAAUUCGCAUGGAAGAAAACGAUCUUUACAAUCUAGAUCAACAUCCAGUAUUACGAAAAAAAAAACAAAUCAUUAUUCUGAAUAA